AUGACAAAUGAGUACUGGGCCCGUAGCCCACCCACCCGGGAUACACCGGCAACAGGCUACAGCGAGAGCGCCUUCGGCCACGCCAUCACGGCAGCUGGCGUCACCCACAGCGUCGCCCGCGCAUGCGCAGCUGGGCGCCUCCAUAACUGCUCCUGCGGCAUGGUACGAGGCAAGAGAGCGUGGAAGUGGUCCGGGUGCCACGACAACACCCGGUUCGGUGCCAGGUACUCGAGGCACUUCCUGGACGUGCGGGAGAGAGCCAAGGACAUGAUCUCAUUCACGCACCUCUAUAAUAACGAGGUCGGCAGGAAGCUGGUCCGCCGCAACAGAGAAGUCCGAUGUAAGUGCCACGGGAUGUCUGGCUCCUGCGAAGUCCGGACUUGCUGGAAGGCCGCCCCUGACUUCCGCAGAGUGGGCGACAUGCUGAAGGAGAAGUACUGGAAGGCCAAGUCGGCAGCGAGUGAAGUCUUCGGAAAUUCGGCCAACACGGCGAGCAUGUACCGGCCCGUCAGGAGGGAGAUCAGCCCGGACUCCCCUCUGCUGUACGUCGAGCGGUCCCCUACGUUCUGCGAGGUGGACGGUCGCCUCGACGUGGCCGGGACGGAGGGCCGACACUGCAACCGCAACUCGACGGGUCCGGACUCGUGCGAUUCCCUGUGUUGCGGCCGCGGCUACGACCAACAGCGGCAGAAGGUCAGCCGGAAGUGCCACUGCCGUUUUAAGUGGUGCUGUCAUGUCACUUGUCAAGACUGCUCCGAGGAGAAGUGGAUUUCCGUGUGCAAGUGA